AUGGCGAUGGCGGCCAAAAGAUGCUGCGGCUGCGGACUACUACUGUGGGUGCUGGUUGCGCUGGUGUGUGUGGGGUGUCCCGUCUCGGUGUCGGGCGAGAUGCGCAAAUCCUGGCAGCUGAAGGCUGAAGGCCGGACCGAGGAACCAGGGCCCAGUGCAAAGCCGCCGGAAGCGAUCGAAGAGGUUAGUGAAGUGCGUGGUGCGGCGGACCAACGGCCAGACCCAGAACCCGUUACGCUCACCAGCCACCUCCCGUCGCCGCCGCUGCCCGCUAGUGAUUUCACUAACCUCGAUUCAACGACGGCUGCGGUGGGUUCUAGUACGACUGCUCCAGCGAGCCCGGAAGAGCCGGUCGUGCGCAAAGCGUCCGCGCAAUUCAGUAGCCGAGUGCGGAGCAAGCCAGUCGGGUCACCGGUCGUGGUGGCCGUCACCACCGAAGAGCCGUUAGCACAGGACCGGGCGGUUCCGUUACACCUGGAGCACCGGAUGGACGAGAUCCAAGUGGAUGACGCGACGGUACAGGAUGACGACGAUGACGAUGGGGAAGAUGGCGACGAUGACGUUUGGCACGGUGUGGACGGGCAUCCGACCGGGCAGCAGAACCGGACCGAGCUAGAUCUGAUCGAGAAUCUUCUGGAGGAGAUCGACGAGCGGGCAAAGGAGCAACAACAGCACCAGGGCCAGGCAGCACCGCAUGUGGACGAACCGGUCAAGAAGUACACGUUUCCGCCGGUGCUGAACAUGACGAUCGAUGAACCGAAUAGCGUCGUUUCGGUGAAGCUGAACCACGAGCUCGUGCGGGACAUACUGCACACCGGGCGCGCCGAGGGCGGUGGCAUCGGGGGCAAGAAGAUGCUGCGGUACGUGUUACCGCUGUUCAUACUGCCGUUCCUGAUCCAGUCCGCCGUCAUACCGUUCAUGCUGACGGCCGUGAAGCUGUUCCUGCUCAAGUCGCUGAUGGCGGGCAAGCUGGCCAUCUUCCUGCUGCUGCUGGGCGCGUUCAAGAACUUCACCAAAAAGGACCGCGAUGUGUACGUGAAAGAUCUGCCCGACCGGCGGUACGAGCCGUCGAGCGAAGGCUUCGCGUACCUGUCCGAGGGCCGGCCGAGCAAUUGGGUUAACUAG